UUAACGCAUUUGGCCACAUUGUGCGCAGGCGUUUGCCGCGACGCUAUGUCUCGCGAAUCGUUCCAUUUUUGAUUUUUAGUUUUAUUUUUUUAAUAAAAAAAUUAGUAAAUUUUUAUAAAAAUGUACAAGUCCGCCCCUGCGUGAGUGUUCAGGAUUGCAGUUUUGAAUUUUGGAGUAUAUUUAACUAACUAACCCAUACCAAAUAAUGUCACAUACAUAAAAAACCAAAAAAAAAAAAUGUUUGGGUUCAAACGCUCCUCGGUGCAACUGGUGGUGAUGCUAGCCUGGCUCUUGCGAUAUUACACCUUCGGCACUAUAGUAUUAUGGUCUAUUUUCGCUUGUGGACUGAGCUUGGCCGUGGUCCUGGCCAUCACGACUUAUGACCAUGACUAUUGGACUUCAAGGGGAGUGUUUUCGCCUCCUGCGUGGCCUGUAGUGGGCCAUAUAUUGUCUGUGGUGAUGUUCAAGGAGCAAGGAGGCAUGUGUUUUAAAAGGAUCUAUGAUACGUAUAAGGAUAAGAGGUUUUUAGGCUGCCACCAGUUCUACCAGCGCACACUAGUAGUCCGAGACCCGGAGCUGAUCCGAAGAGUGUGCGUGAACGACUUCCAGCACUUCACGGAUCGAGGGUUCUUCUUCAACAAGGAUGUGGAUCCGUUAGCAGGGUCUGUGCUGUUCUUGAGGGGAAACGAGUGGAAGAGGUUAAGGGCGAAGAUAUCGCCUAUUUUCUCACCAAACAAACUCCGAGGGAUGUUCCCACUAAUAGAAAACACAGCAGAAGAAUUCGUCACUCGCGUCAAAGACUUACUCUCACAGUCUAACAAAAUGACUCUUAAAAACGGCACAGUUAAACCCGUAGACCAACCAAAUAAUGUCGGAAAUGAGUCCUCUGUGGUGGAUUCUGAGAACCUAGUGGAGGCAACACAGUCUGAUAAAGUUACUCCUAAAAACGGCACGAUCAAACCAGUGGAACAACCGAAUGGUUUGGGUAUUCUGUCCUCUGUGGUGGAUUCAGAGAAGCUAGUGGGAGGUUAUACUGCUGAUGCCAUAGUGCCCUGUGCGUUUGGACUUAAGAGCAAUGUCAUGUACAAUGAGGAUGAUCCGUUUGCAGUGGCACUGCAUGCCUUCUAUGAAAUGUCACUGUUUAAUAUCUUUGAGAAAACGAUGCGUCAAUUCUGGCCGGCUUUCGUACUGUUCUUUCGCAUGAGAAUAAUACCUAAGAAGACGCACGAUUUCUUCUACAACAUCGUGGCCAGCGUGCUGAGGGCACGGGAACAGGGCGUUCAAGAGAAGCGCGGAGAUUUCAUCGACAUGAUGAUGGCGUUGAGAAAUGAUGAGACCAACAACAACUGUAAGAAGGAUCAAGAAGAUGUGGAAAUAACCGACAUGGUAAUAUCAGCUAACGCCUUCAUCAUCUUCCUCGGCGGCUUCGAGACCACCUCCUCGACCCUCGCGUUCCUGUUCCUCGAGCUGGCUGCCAACCAGGAGGUGCAGGAGAAGCUCAGGAGUGAGAUCCGGGAGGUGCUGGCACGGCAUGACGGAAGGAUCAGCUAUGAACUGCUGCAGGAACUGGGGUAUAUGGAGAUGGUGAUUCAAGAAACCCUCCGCCUAUAUCCUCCAUUCCCGAGCAUCCAGCGCAUGUGUACCAAAGACUACGUGAUCCCCGACACCAACACGGUCGUGGAGAGAGGCACCAUCGUACUCUUCCCUACACUGGGGAUACAGAGGGAUGAACAGUACUUCGAGAACGCAUCAGCCUUCAUUCCUGAGCGCUGGUCCGAAGGUUCUCCACAACCACCUCCAGGGGUCUACAUGCCUUUUGGAGACGGACCUCGGUAUUGUAUAGGCAAAAGGUUCGCUUUAAUACAAAUGAAGUGCUGCCUCGUGCGUCUCCUGCAACACAUUCGUAUCACGCCGGCGCCGCGCCUCAGGCCGGGAGACAACAUGGCGCCGGGGCCGCGCCUCGAGCCGUUCACCGCCGACCCGCGCUCCCCGCUCACCUUACACCCCGCUGACUCCCUAGUCACACUCAGCCUCUUAUGACGAACUUUAAACUGCCUGUAAGUUUAAGAAUGCUUAGUGAGAAAAAA